GCCCUCUACACAUGUGGCAACUGUACACGUAUCAUGAGCGGCGCUAAAGAGAACAUGGAAUGUGAAAGAAAGCUUAGGGAAGAAGGCGAAUCUGCUUCCUGGUUGGUGACACACAAUUCUCAGUUGUAUGGAGGACAGUCUGACUUACCUCAAAAUGAUCCAAGUAGUUUGGCUAAAUCAAGUGAUAUCAAUGAAGAAGGAGCAGCAUCAUCAGCUGUGCAACCUUUGCUGCGGCUGCUAGAACCAAAUGAUGUAUGGCCAGUGUCUCCAGAAGACUUAACAAAUAUUUUUGUUCAAGAAGAAUGCAAAGUUUCAGAAUUAGCUGCUCUAACUUCUACACUUGUGCUUACUCAAUACUACGAUAUCUCAAGUAAGCAAAUAAAGAAAAUUAAGAGUCUCUCAAGUGGUCAACAUCAAUCAACAGUUUCACUUUAUGGUUCAGAUGAGAUACCAUUUCCACGGCAGAUAAGCUGUGGGUUCUUCUGUGGUCGAGAAAGUGAAUUAAAGAGCUUAUCACGCUACUUUACUAUUGAUUUGAAAGAAGGGAGACCCAGAAUAAAGGUUAUUGUAGGCUUUGGAGGCUUAGGGAAAACAUCUUUGUCAUUCAGAUAUGCAGAUUGCUACAGAGAGAGAUAUCCUGGUGGAGUCUUUUAUUUUGAUCUAGGGUCAUUAUCAACAUUUCACAAUUCAGUCAAGGACAAUCUUGUUGUCUUGGGACAGACUGUUCUUAAGCUUGAAAGCUUAUCACAGGAUUUUGAAUGGCUGCAAGGACUUCUUCGACAUAGUGGUAAGAAAUGUCUCUUUCUUUAUGAUGGAGCAGACAAACUGCCGGUCUUCAAUGAUUACAUUCCUUCUAUUGCUAUUGAUGUGAUUAUCACAACACGAAUGGCCAAUAUUAGUCAUCAUCAGCUUAGAGGGAACAGCACAUUUUCUCUGAAAGUUCUUGGUGUCAGUCCAUCUGUACAGAUUCUGCUGGAAUUAUCUGGUGAACAGUUGACUGUGGAUGAAUUUCAAAGAAAUAAUCCGGAGGGAUUUUAUUACGCUCAGAAGAUUGCCGGUGAUGAAUGUCUUGAUGGUUUGCCAUUGGCUCUACUUCAUGCUGCAAACUUACGAAGAAGCCUAGGUCUUUCAUUUAAGGAUCUUUGGGAGAAACUGCAAGACAAGAGCAUUAUUCAGCUAAAUCCAGCAAAUGUCAAGCAAUGGCUAAGAAACUACAAUCUAAAGCAAAUAGAUGCUAAACUAGCAUCAUUGCAUUUGGAGAGUCUGGACGAUUUGAGAAGACUUACUCCACAAGGUUUAGACAACAGUGAUCUCACUGUUGAUGAGAAAAAAGAGAUAUUGAAGGCACGAGAGGAACUGGUGAGAGCUCCUGCAUACAUAACAUGGAGAUUGGACAUUGAGUCUGCAUGUUUGGAGUCUCCACUGGCCAGUGACCUUCUUCGUCUGUCAGCUUUGUUACCAUCAAAGGACAUACCUGAAGAUAUUUUAGUAAAAGGUGUCAUUUGGAAGAACAAAGGCUCUACGGAGACAGAAGUACGACAUGGUUUAACUUGCAUUCUUUCUCACUCAUUGCUAACAAGUGGAGAGUUUGAUGUCUCCUCUGUUACUCAUGUAGGUCGUACGUUUGCCAUGCAUCCAAUGAUUCAAUACAGUGUGUCUAAACAUCUUUUUAAAGGCCAAGAGCAACAUACGUCUCUUGUGUGUUUAGGAGCAGUACUUUGUAAAAUUUUGCCAUCAGCUACUGAUUUUCAGAAAGAACUUCAUCUAACUGAUGACACUGUUGCACAAUAUGCCAAGCAUCUGUUUCAUGUUGCUCUGUGUAUAUGUAACGGAUUAGACCUAUCGAAAAAUUGUUGGCUACACAGAACCAUUGCAUUGGCUUCCAUUCUUGCAAUAAGACAACAUGACACACAUAUUGCUGUGCCUCUCUGCAGUCGACGGCUUUUUGAUGCUCGGAAAAGGAAAGCUAAUAAACAGGAAUUGGCAGACGCUCUAAUACAAAUUGGUUCAUGUCACUCUAUUCUACUUGAAGCAGAAGCUGCCAUUGCUUUGUUUAAGGGAGCUGCAAACAUUCUUGGAAAUCGACCACAUAACAAACAACCUGCAACAGCAGAGAAAUGGGGACAAGCUCUUUUUGAAAUCAUUCGAGGUUGUCGACUUUUCUUUGCUUUUGAUAUGAUUGAGAGGACUGCAAAGCGUCUGAGAAGUGGUCUGGAGUGGGCUGAAGCAACCAACUGUCAAAGCUAUGCUCAAAGUCUCAACUCAAUUGCAGUUGCUCUUCGUAUUCGUGCAACUGCAAGCAAUGCUGAAGAAAUAGAUUACUUGUCACAGUCUGCACUAACAGUUUAUAGAAGUUGUUUACCUGAAAUACAUCCUAACAUUGCAACAGAAUUGAUAAACAGGGCUGCUGCUCUUUGGGAUCGAGGAUUGUACUCAAAAGCCGAAAGUUUUGUCAAAAAAGCACUGGAGAUGCAAAAAAUGUGCAUAUCACCAAACCACUACCAUGUUGCAUAUGGCUGGUGGUUGUUGGGAACAAUUUACAUGCAUUGGGGUCGGCAUAUUGAUGCUGGAAGCUGCCUGACAAAGGCACUGGAUCUUGUAAACUCUCACCCUGUUACCUAUGCUACACUUUACACUUUUCAAUCUAUAGCAGAGUGGUUUGCUAUGGGGAAGAAGAGAGACAUGGUUGUAGAGUAUCUCAGAAAGGCAAAAGAUGUAAUGCAACAAGUAAAAGGAGAGCAAGACAAGCAUGCCAAUGCAAAAGCAUUGUGCCAUUGUGGUCGUUGUUGGUUGUUGCUCAAUGAGGUGCAGAAAGCUGAGAAAUUUUUGAGGGAAUCUUUAGAUUUGCUUGAAGAUGAGCCUGAGGAUGACUAUGCCUUAAUGCAAGCAAGGGGACUGUUGUGUCAGUGCCUUGUAGUACAAGAAGAAUUUAGUGAGGCUGAGUCAUUGCUUAAAAAUCUUCUUAAAGUUCAGAAUUGUUUCAAAUCACAGUUUUGUCCCCAAAGAGGAGAAAAUCUGCACUGUCUUGGUGUGUGUCUAUUGGCACAGAGUAAACCAGAUGAUGCAGAAGCUCCAUUGAGGGAAGCUGCUGAAUUAAGAGAGCAGUAUCUUGUAACAAAUGACAAGAGAACAGGGGAAUCAUAUCAUGAACUUGCUAGGUGUCUUGAUUUGCUUGAGAAACAUGAUGGAGCAAAUCAAUUCAUGAGUCACUCUUCGCACAUUAAAAGGCUGCACAGCGAUGGUGGACUUGACACUGAAUCUGGAGUGCUUGCAAAGACAAAGUCAAUGCUGCUGAAUGCGUCAACUAUGAUAUACUGGCAGAAGUUUCUACUUUUUGUGAUGAUCAUGUUUACAUUUCCUCAAGCAGCUAGUUUACAUUUUAUCAAGUAAUAAAUUGUUACAUUUGAUAUGAUAUGAUAUAUUUGUAUAUAUUUUUUUAAUUUUAUAAAUUUCAUUUGGUACUAUAAUAAUAAUUCUAAUAUUUUUGCACUGCA